AUGGAUCGCCGUAUCUACGGUGGCUCCACCGUCACCAAUCUCAUUCUCCUCCUCUUCCUCCUCUCCUCCACAUCUGCAUUAUCCAAGAACCUAAAUCCCUCCCCCGGGUCGGGUCAGAUCAACUCCAACUCCGUCCUCGUAGCUCUCCUCGACUCACGUUACACAGAACUCUCCGAGCUAGUCGAGAAGGCUCUCCUCCUUCAGACACUCGAAGAAGCCGUUGGUCGCCACAACAUCACCAUCUUCGCCCCUCGCAACGAAGCUCUAGAGCGUGACCUUGACCCAGAGUUCAAACGUUUCUUGCUCGAGCCAGGUAACCUCAAAUCUCUCCAAACACUCCUCAUGUUCCACAUUAUCCCCACCCGGGUCGGGUCGGAUCAAUGGCCCAUCGAGGAACCGGGUCGGGUCAAGCACGAGACGCUAGCGAACGAUCACCUCCAUUUGAUUAACGGAGACGGCAGAAAGAUGGUCGACUCCGCCGAGAUAACCCGACCCGACGACUUGACCCGACCCGACGGGUUGAUCCACGGGAUCGAACGGCUUCUCAUCCCACGCUCAGUCCAAGAAGAUUUCAACCGCCGCCGUAGUCUCCGAUCAAUCUCCGCCGUCUUACCCGAAGGAGCUCCGGAGGUCGACCCGAGAACAAACCGUCUCAAGAAAAAACCCGCUCCGGUACCCGCCGGAGCCCCGCCGUCUCUCCCGAUCAAAUCCGCCAUGGCUCCAGGUCCGUCGCUAGCUCCGGCGCCGGCGCCGGGACCGGGAGGCAAGCACCACCACUUCGACGGCGAGGCUCAGGUCAAGGACUUCAUCCAGACGCUGCUGCAUUACGGCGGUUACAACGAGAUGGCGGACAUUCUCGUGAACCUGACGUCGCUCGCGACGGAGAUGGGUCGGUUGGUGUCGGAAGGUUAUGUUUUGACGGUUCUUGCCCCCAACGACGAGGCGAUGGCGAAGUUGACGACUGAUCAGCUGAGUGAGCCUGGAGCGCCGGAGCAGAUAGUGUAUUACCAUAUUAUCCCUGAGUAUCAGACGGAGGAGAGUAUGUAUAACUCUGUGAGGAGGUUUGGGAAGGUGAGGUUUGAAACGCUGCGUUUUCCUCAUAAGGUUGCGGCUAAGGAAGCUGAUGGUUCGGUUAAGUUUGGGGACGGUGAGAGGUCGGCGUAUUUGUUUGAUCCGGAUAUUUAUACGGACGGUCGGAUCUCGGUUCAGGGGAUUGAUGGUGUUUUGUUCCCUCAAGAGGAGGAGGUUGUUGAAUCGGUUAAGAAACCGGUUAAGAAAGUUGUUCAACCGAGAAGAGGGAAACUGUUGGAAGUAGCUUGUAGAAUGCUUGGUGCUAUUGGCAAAGACACUUCUUAUUUCACCAAAUGCCGGUAG